UUUGCCUAUGGAACUAGUUAACUAAAAUCACACUGACGUGACAGCCAUACCACAAUCUACGCGGCUACGGCAUUGACAGGCCAUGUGUUCAAUAAUCGCAGUCCUUCUCCUCCUGUCUUCAGCUCGAGGGUCUGGCUUCGUGGACACGGACAUGUCUGAGUACUGCCGGCGCCGCGUCGCUCCCUCCGUGUUCCUGGCCAGACAUGCUCCCGAGGCGAAUGCUCACGUCAUGUCCUUCAAUCGUCUCGCUGAGCCUUAUAGCUGUUAUAUUACUGUUAGGACGGAGCCCGGCAGCUCCAUGAUCCUGGUGGUGCAGACAGAGCGCCUGCCCUCGGCCUGUCGCGCCAACACCGACCAGCUAUUGGUCUACGAGGCGACGCCGCACCGGGGGUACUGGGCGGCCAUGACCGAUGCCUAUCUUCAGCAGGAGGGCGCUUACCCCACUCCUAGCGUGGUUUAUACGCUGCCGACCACGCCGUCGCUUCCAGCGACUCAAGAGGAUAGUGCCGAGGUAUCAGAAGACAGUGAUACUACAACUGAGAGUAGUACAUCAGAUGGGGACUUGUCGGGUCUGUUUGAAGAGCACCCGCCCCGGAUAGCUGAGGCCAAUAACAACAAGUCCCAAGCCGAAGAGGAGGAGGAUCAAUACUUUGAUAUGCUGAUAAAUGUCACACCAAGAACGGGAGAAAAAUAUGAUACCAGUUUAAUACCAUUGGUACAUAUCGUGGCUCAUAGAGGUAAUGGAACUGGUUUAUACGACUUGGAGUAUAAUCUUGCAAAGGUAUCAAAAUUGACGACCAAGUAAGAUAUCUUUUGACACUUACUACAUAUUUAUUUCGCUUAUUUUAAUUUUAAAUAAUAAUGAAACGUAACUUUCGGAUUGUACCUAGUUUAUUCUCAAUAAGUUUUAUUUUAUUUAGGAGGGCUAGAAUAGUGCCAUGUGGACUUCUUACAUAUUAGAUUGGCUAAGUCAGAAGUGGCGAUCUCUUGUAUCGGAGGCCAAGACUCACUUUGGGUCGCUGAGCCAGCGGAGUAAGUACUUAAGUAAGAUUGGCUAAAACAACAUUAAUAUUUCAGAAAAUCAAAAUUGUUCACUAAAUACCAAGCCGAUAGAUAUAAAUCAAGGAAAUUUAAAACACGUAUGCCAUUUAAGCAUAAUAAUGUUUCUAAGUAAGUAAGUUGAUGUG